UCGGCGCCGAGCUGAUCGGAUCCGUCAGCAACCCGUUCGAUGAUAAGAUGCGGCUGGCGUGUGUGGCGCCGCAAGAUACGUACAACGUGCCGCUGUAUAUCGCGUACCAUUGCAAGUUGUUCCUGCUGCCCGUGCUUGCUGACAAUUACCAAACCUCAACUCAAGGCAUCUGGUGGAUGGAGCUGGCCAAAGACCUGGGCAGUCCAAGGGAUAUAGUAUGUCCAUCUAAGUCAGAGGAAGACUCCAAGGUUUUCGCCAUGAGGAUACUUACAGUCGAAGGCUGCCCCUCCCCAAAAAUAACCCGUUCCAUACCCAACUACCUAAUCCGGGUCCUCCCCCCAUUAGCCGUCUAUAACCGUCUGCCAUACGCCUUAGAGCUUACUUGCGGCGACAUAAGUAUGAGAGUGUCGGCCGGCGAGCGCACACACACGCACGCACUGGAGUUGACACAAGCGCAUCGGUUGAGUGUGCACGUGCAGUAUAUGGGGCUACCGUGGACUGGCAGCUUUACUCUUUCUCCAGAUGUGACUGAAAAGAACAUAACAAUGAGCACAGAAUGCGACACUCAGGGCGGGAAUAAGCAGUUGGGAGUCCGAGCGUGGCUGCGGCGCGCGGACUGCUGGCAGCUGCAUCUGCAUGCGCCAUAUUGGAUCAUCAAUAAGACUACACUGCCUUUGCAGCUUAAGGGUAGCCAUUCGGACACGGUGUACGAAGUGACAGAUGAGCCGCUCCUUUGGUCGCCUGCGCGACGGCAUCGGCAAGCUGACAAGCUACGACUGCGCGCGCACCAGUCUGCGUGGUCUCGCGCCUGCCGCGCCGCCGCCGCUGCGCCGGGCCUUAUAGUCUGCGCGCACACUGAGAGGAAGAUGAACUAUCGGAUCCUACUAAAUGUAACGCUUUCCGAACUCUGCCCCCAACUGACCAAAAUCGUGACCCUCCUACCAUAUUUCCUCGUGUACAACGACACUAAACGACAUUUGCGGUUCAUGGAAGAGAAUGAAGCUGCUGAUCUCUGGAUAGACCUGGCACCCCAGCAGUGUACACCGUUCUGGCCUCAGACGGACUCCAUGGCCAUGCACUGCAAGUACAGGGACUCAGGAGUCGUGAGUCAGCAUUUCCCGAUUACAAAGAAUCAUUUUACGGUGCUCAGAAUGGAUAAGGGGUCGGCGAUCACAGUUGAAGUGACGGGAGGCACCGACCGGCCGUUCACCAUCACAUUCAAGCCGUAUACGGCGGGCGACGCGCCCGUCCGCAUAGACAACUUGUGUGAAGACCUGUUCCUAAAACUACACCAAAAAGAUUCUGGCCAGGUGGCUCUGCUGAGUCCAUACCAGUCCAUGCUGUAUACGUGGGACGAUCCAAGCAAAGAGCGGCAGUUAAUGUGGAACAUAUACAACAAUAAGGGAAAAGGAUACAUCGCUGAUUUCAGCCAGGAUGGUAACGGCGAACAGAAAGUAAGCUUCCAUUCAGUCAAGCACUCCACCCUGGUCGCCACCAGCAGCGUCACAUCCAAACUGUCUUCGACCCUCAAACGGCUCACCCCAAAAUCCCCAGAACCCUGCACCUCCAGCUCUGAUGACUCCGAAAACGAACAACCUGACCCUCAUAAGAAAAAAAUGAGGAAAGACAAAGUUAUCGUCUACUGGAUAUCUUAUAUGGAAGGUUUACAAAGAGUAUUUGUGUUAGCUCAAGAUGAGAGAAUAGCCUAUCAGUAUAAAAUGAGAAUUAAUUCAGAAAAGAGCGAUUAUGAAGUGUAUUUAUCUUUAGCAGAAGUCAGUUUGUCAGUCUGUGUUGACACAAAACUUGGAGUAAAGGAGUUGGCUCAUCUAAGUGUGACGGAUUCCCUCCCGCGAUGGGAAGUCAAUGUUAGCCACAAAUGGAAACAGUUGUCCCCCGACUUGACAGCGUGGAUUGAAGAUAAAUAUCAAACUGAGCAAAAGAAAUGUCAGUUGAAAGAAUACAUUCAUAUAGACUUGGAAAAAAUGCAAAUGACUAAACCUUUCUUCUCGGAGUUAAGGAGAACUUAUAACCCUGGUGUUUGGAUGCAGUUAAGGAAGUCUGAUACGUUGACGUACUGCCAUUUGAAGUUACAGCGAUUACAAAUAGAUAAUCAGCUAAGCGAAGCUGUAUUCCCUAGUGUUUUAUACCCAGCACCUUUGCCAAACGCACGUUCCACCCGCGGUCCGAAACCAAGUAUAGAACUAGUAGCUUUAAAACAGCACAGACCUGCUUUGAACCAAGAUGUAUACAAGUAUUUAAAAGUUUUAGUUCAAGAGCAUUAUGUGAAUUUAGACAGAGGUUUUGUAAACUACGUGUUUGAUAUUUUGAACCAUUGGAAGCUUGAAGAAAAACCUGCUGUGAGACUAAGAGCUGAUUUGGCGUUAGUUCAUAUGCCUUUACCGAUCAUAGCUCUUAAAUCUCAGACUAGCGCUCAGAGAAACAUUAUAUUUGAGUUUGUACACUUGUCGCCGAUAAAAUUGGUGCUAAGUCUGUCUUCUAGAGGGUAUUCGGGAGAGAACCCUAACAGUCCCACGAGAACUAGGUUUUGCAGUAAGAAGGAGAAUCGGCCUAAGCUGUUCAAUAGUGAUCUGCUGGAGUAUUUGUUUAAUUCGUGGGGAUCCUCGUUGUGUGACAUGAAGGAUAUUGUUUUAAGAAUGGCCUACCUGGAGAUCCGAAACGCCCCUAUCACCCCUACAGCUCUCAUCGACACAGCGUCUCGCUUCUACUGGACGCAACUAGUACAACAAUUCUACGUGUUGGUCCUCGGUCUGAAUAUACUGGGAAAUCCGUAUAGUACGAUAGGAGAUUUCUGCCGAGCUAUGAAGCAUUAUUAUGAACCUUACCUGGGCACAGUGUGCGGGAGGCAGGCGGACCCGUCGGCGCGGCUGGAGCUGGGCGCGGCGCGGCUGCUGCGGCAGGCGGCGGGCGCCGCGCCCGACCUGUUCCCCGCCGCGCCCCAGCGCCGCCGCCACGUUGAAGACGGCGCGCUAAGCAACGACCUGCCAGAGAAGGUUCUAGAGGCAAGCCGCAGCCACCCCGCCAGUGUCGCUCUAGCUCUUUCUGGACUUGUUGCGAGACCUAGCGGUAUCCGGCCAUAUUCCCACCACGAAGCGCUGGGUCUUCAGCUGCUGACGCUGCUGGGGCGAGGACACUACGCGGACACGGACGCGUAUCUUGCCCACGCGCAUCUGGCUCCUACUAACUGCAGUCUACUGAUAUCCACGCAACAUAUCUUCAUGGUCCGAGCCGGCGGCGCGAGCAACUCGUGGCAUAUCGAGUGGGUGCUGAAGCUGGAUGACAUCAUCGGAGCGCCCACCGUCAGCGGGGACAAACUCAUACUUAAUGUUAAACAGGACGAGAUGGUGAACUACUUCUCAACCGACGAGAAGGUGAUAGAAGUCCCGGACCCCGCUGUACUGGAGUGGCUUCGCGCGAAGAUCGAGUGCGCUCUAGUAAUGGCGUUGGAAGAUAAGCGGUGUCCUACCGAUUAA